GACCAAAAGCGGAGUCAGUCAGACGCGGCUUCGCUCUCCUCCUCCCUCCUCCUCCUCCACUGCUCUCUAUAUCUUCGCUCCUCUUCUCCCUACCUUGCUUGGGUUUCUCUCUUUGUCUUCUUCGACUCCUUGUUGAUCGCUUCAUAUCAUUAUCCGCUGCGCGACACUUCUCUUGAGGUUCUAAGGAUGGAAGAGGCUGUGAAAAUGGAGAAUCAUCUAUCAUCUGCUGCUGCAUUCGUGGAAGGGGGCAUCCAAAACGCUUGCGAUGAUUCCUGCAGCAUAUGUCUUGAGGAUUUCUGUAACAAUGAUCCGUCAACAGUAACCACUUGCAAGCAUGAGUUUCAUCUUCAAUGCAUUCUUGAGUGGUGUCAGAGAAGCUCGCAGUGCCCUAUGUGUUGGCAGCCCAUCAAUUUAAAGGAUCCUACCAGCCAGGAGCUACUUGAUGCUGUUGAACGGGAGAGGAGGAUCAGGUCUAACCAGACACGAGCUGCCACCAUUUUUCAUCAUCCUGCUAUUGGGGAGUUUGAACUGCAGCACUUACCUGUUGGUGCAAGUGAUUCUGAACUUGAAGAACGUAUAAUCCAGCACUUAGCUGCUGCUGCCGCCAUGGGGAGAGAACAUCACAGACGAGAAGGGCAGAGGGGUAGGUCUGAAUCUCCAGGGCGCCCUCAGUUUCUGGUGUUCUCAAACCGUACAAAUGCACCAUCACCAUCAGUUAGCUCUGGUUCUGCUUCCUCUGCUCAGAGUAGGGAAAAUGAAGCUGCCCCUUUUAUCGUCUCUUCAAAUAUUUCAGAAACUCAAGCUUCUGUGGGUGAACCUCCACAUCAACUUUCUAACCCAAUGCCAACCUUAGUUGAUCAGAUCACUGUGUCCCCACCUGGGAUUAGUGUUGCCCCUUCCACGGGGAUUGCCCUUUCCAAUAGCAGGAGUUUGCCUGGCUUGUCUGGACCAGUUAAUCACGAUAACGCUGGGCCAUCUGACUUCCAAUCCUUUUCAGAGUCCUUAAAAUCUCGUUUCAAUGCGGUCUCAAUGAGAUACAAAGAGUCUAUCACUAAAAGCACAAGAGGGUGGAAGGAGAAACUGUUUUCCCGCAAUACUUCUGUGGCAGAUCUUGGUUCUGAAGUCAGGAGAGAAGUUAAUGCUGGCAUUGCCACUGUCUCGCGCAUGAUGGAACGUUUGGAUACGAGGGAUGGUAGAAGAGGAGCUGCAUUGGCAGCACCUGCUGCUCCACAUAGCCUUGAGAGAUCAUCAGUUGUAGAUCCAAGUUCUGAGAGGGUUGAAGAAAAUCAAACCAAUACAAUCCCGACUGAACGUACUACUUGUCCAGCAACCACAGGCCCAAAUUAAGAGGCAGUCAGUCUUCAAAGGUUGUUCCCCGGAAUGUUUUUCUUUACGAGGUAUGUUAAUGGUUUAAGACAUUGAACUGUGUUUUGGUUGUGGUUAGUAUUUGUCCCUUCUGUGCCAUCUGUGUAUAUCUGAAAGCCUUGCUUUGCUAAGAUUUUUACUUCAUUAUAAGUGUUAUUUAUUCAUUUUGCAUACAUACCUGCCUUUAGGCUGGUUUAACUUCAGUUAUCUAUUUUAGUAAUGCUGUCAGGUUCCACCUCA